AUGGAUGAGCGUGUGCGAUUGCCGAAAUAUUCUGACCUCUCUGUUAAUCCCACGCCCGCAGGAAUUCGGGAUGAAUCCCUGUCUUCAAAAGUCCACGUUCAUGCGAACUGGGACGCAAUCCGGGCGGCUGCGGAGGGAUGCGGCCUGCCGGGGACGGCCAGCGGCGCCCCGUGGACGGCCAGCGGCACCCCGGGGAUGGCCCUGGACCUCGGGCAUUACAUCUGCGGCAUGCUUCAGCAGCUCUCUUUCUUCAACGACACGCGCGCCGGGGAUCUGUUAAAGUGCAUCGCGGCCAGUUUUCCCGACGUUCUGCGAAAGGCGGACGAGAACCGCCUGUGCAUCGCAACCCGGCUCGGCUUCGCCGACAACAGCACCAUCUCCCUGCAGAAAAUCCUGGAUUUCUUCACCACCUCCAACAGCGUGAAAGCCGCGUUCGCGUGCUGGGACGCGAAGGUCGCGGGGGCGGUCGCGAGCGGCGGGAACCUCCUCUGCUCCUUCCAGGGACCCAGGCCGUUCUCCUCCGGCCUUCAAGGACUUCAAGGUCUUCUAGGACUUCAAGGACAUCACGGACCCCAUGGAGUCCGCCCGCUCGAUCGCGGUCCGACCGAGUGACGGGAGACUUUCCGAAUCCCAAAAAUGGUCAUCGGAUUGGAUAUGGAUCGAAUUAAUCUUCACGGGAUGCACUCUGCUCUUUCGCGCUUCGAUGAACUUCCUACGUCUUGACCUUGUGGGCAUUUUGACCUUGAGGGCAUCUUGACCUUGAGGGCAUCGUGAACUCUUGACCUUGAGGACCGGUUUGAGAGACCGACCGACAAGGAAAAGCUGUACAUGGCUCAUUUCAAUAAAUAUGAUACAGUUGGACAUAAUUGGAUGAAC